UGGGGUGACCCCUCUGUGGAGCCCCUGGCCAGGGCGGGCCGGGCCCGACCGCCUCCUUGCUGGGGGAACGUGCAGGGUGCAACUCCCCAGCUCUCCCGGCUGCAGAGGGCCUGGUCUCGCCUUCCUAGCCACCAGCCUCACUGGGCUGCGGGGCGCCCUCCGCAGCGAUGCCGGAGUAGGACCUGGGUUUCCCCUUUCUGUCCGCAGUUCCUGGUCCUUUGCCGGUGUCCCCGGGGCCCAGCGACUGUGGAUGGCAGAAGCCCAGAGUGGGACCGGCCAGCUGCAGGAGCAGAAGAAAGGUCUCUUGAUAGCCGUCAGCGCCUCCGUGGAUAAAAUCAUCACGCACUUUGGGGCCGCCCGAAACUUGGUUCAGAAGGCCCAGUUGGGGGAUAGCCGGCUGAGCCCAGAUGUGGGGCACCUGGUGCUGACCACCCUCUGCCCGGCUCUCCAUGCCCUGGUGGCUGAUGGGCUGAAGCCUUUCCGAAAGGACCUCAUCACUGGGCAGCGCAGGAGCAACCCCUGGAGCGUGGUGGAGGCAUCGGUGAAGCCAGGCUCCAGCACCCGGUCCUUUGGAACCCUGUAUAGCCAGGUCAGCCGUCUAGCCCCGCUGAGCAGCAGCAGAAGCCGCUUCCACGCCUUCAUCCUGGGCCUCCUCAACACUAAGCAGUUGGAGCUGUGGUUUUCCAGUCUGCAGGAAGAUGCAGGCCUGCUGUCCCUCCUGUACCUGCCCACUGGAUUCUUCUCUUUGGCCCGGGGUGGCUGCCCCUCCCUGUCCACAGAGCUGCUGCUCCUGCUGCAGCCAUUGUCGGUGCUCACCUUCCACUUGGACCUGCUCUUUGAGCAUCACCACCACCUGCCCCUGGGCCCACCUCAGACUCCUGCCCCGCCAGGCUCACCGCCAGCCUUGCAGCAGACUGUGCAAGCCAUGCUGCACUGGGGGGGUCGGCUGGCCCAGAGCCUUCGUGGGGCUUCUGAGGAGACUCCUCCAGGCCCUUCAGCCCCCUCAGGCCCUCCCAAACCAGGCAGCUGGUGGGAGCAGCUGACCCAGGCCUCCCGGGUCUAUGCCUCUGGGGGCACGGAGGGCUUCUCCCUUCGUCGGUGGGGAUCCAGGUGUCCCGGGACUGUGCCUGAGGAAGCACAGGAGAGAUCGUUGCCCACAGAGGACACGGCACCAGGCAGAGGCGUGUGGCUGGGAAGACUGUUUGGAGUGCCUGGGGCCCUCACAGAAACUGACAGUGGAACUCUAAAGUCCAGGAGACCAUCCAGCUGGCUGCCUCCUACAGUGAAUGUGUUGGCUCUGGUGAAGAGGGUGGCACCUUCUGAGACUCCCAGUUCACCGGAGGAGCUUGAGGCCUCAGCACCCAGCAUGGUGCAGACCCAUCGGGCAGUCCGUGCUCUCUGUGACCACACCGCUGCAGGACCUGACCAGCUGAGCUUCCAGCGUGGGGAAGUGCUGCGUGUCAUCGCCACUGUGGAUGAGGACUGGCUCCGCUGUGGGCGGGAUGGAAUGGAGGGGCUGGUACCUGUGGGGUAUACCUCUCUUGUUCUCUAGGCCUAGGCCCUUUUUCCUUUCCUGCAUAUGUCUCUCUCUCCUGUCACUUUGGAAUGGAAUGGCCUGUGAACUGAUUUUCCCAGAAGCAUUUUCCCUGUCUGUAAAAUACUUUCCUCCCACAUCCCUUUCUACUAAUAUGUGAAAUAAAUUUUCCUACUUCUCUCCCAUACCCACCUGUAAGUUGAAAUCUGCUCUUCUUCCAAAUAUAUACAAAGCAACUUUCCUCCAUGAAGUUUCUUUCCUCUUCCCCAUCUGCAUAAGGGAAUAAUAUCUCCCUAUCUGCAAAAUGGAAAUCUAGUCCCCAUCUACCUUCCUGUGUAAGUACUCUGCUAGUACAGUAUAUGCCUCAGUUCCCAAGACUAGAGGGUCUCUAGUCUCCUUCAUGUGUAUGAAUCUUCCCCCACUUCCCCCAUCCCAUGUUGCCAAUAUUUAUUAUGUACUCAUGUUGUACUAGGUGUUAAAGUCUGGAUACCCCUGGUGGGUGGGCCUGUGACGUUGGAUAUGUCUCCUUCCUCUUUUGUCCCAAUAAAGUGUGGGAGUUGAA